AUUGUGGUUAUUCUUUUAGUUUCAGUAAAUCUUUAAGUUCUUUCACGAUUAUUCGACAUCCAGACCGUUGGUAUCUUCGGCAAGAUGGAGACACUUAUGAAAACUGUUCAGCGGUUCCUGUACAUAGGGAAUGAUGCACCAUUCUUUAUCGACGGGCCUCAUACGCCAUUGGAUAAGGAUGUUGGGAAAAAUGUGCUUCGGCCGAUAGUCAAACUUCACGAGCAUGAAAGCCCCAACGGGACAGAAGUACAAACAGCGACGGAGUCGAAGAGUAAGCAAAAAAAGAAACUUAAAAAGGCCAAAGCAAAAGCCGCAAAAGCAGCACAAGAAGCAGCUGCCGCGCAAGAAGUCGACAAAGCGACCGGGGAAACAUCCGAGCCAGCAAAGACGGAGGCGGGUUUGGUUCCGGCGCAACCGGAGUCACCAAUCCUGACGUUGCUUAAGAGGACAAUCAAAAGCAACACGAUUCGCCGGACAGAUGAGUGCCUGUUUGCGCUGGCUUAUUGUGCGCGGGAGUUUCCUACACCCGAAGAGCGGCAUGCGGCAUACAAUGCGGCUACUUGCGCGAUUGGCAAGUCUCGUGAUUUGUUCCUCUUUGUGGAAUAUUACACGGAACUUGCGGUUGAGUCUGGAUAUGCUGGCUUUGGUCACGGCAUACGCAACGCCAUUACACGCUGGUAUGACAAACAUACACCUCUGCAACUAUCGGAAAUCCUAGGCAAAAGCACUAGUAUUAAUGGCUGGACGCACGCUGACGUCCUUACCAAAGCCCACGUGCAGCUGUCCUGUCCAGAAAAGGCUUCCAUUAUUGAUGCUGUAAGGAAGCGGACAAGUCAAUUGUUGGCGGGCAAACGAACGGAAAAGCAGAAAGACAAAAAGGCCAAACAAAACGCCACUCUUGAAGGUGAAGACAAGAAUUCAGUGCCUGCAAUGUCCGAAGCCUUGCAACGUUAUCACACCAUGCGCCAGUUUCGUGCUGCUCCUAGUGUCUCCAAGGUGUUGGAUUAUAUCAAACAGCAUGGAAUGACAAUUGAUAUGAUGCCACCACACUUCCUCCGUUCGGCCAAGGUUUGGGAGGCUAUGUUUCAAACCAUCUCGUACGAUAAGCUGAUGUGCGCCGCUCUGCGAUUGCAGGACUUUCGGCUGCUUAACUCGGAAUCGGCGCUUGUUGAAACGUACGUAGCCGCACUUGAGGGUCGGCUAAACGACCUCGAAUCCAGACAGAUCCAUCCAGUCGCUGUGCAUAAGAUCGCUAUGCUCUACGAAAACAAUAGCCGGUAUGAGAGUAAAAAGAAGGAACUGUUUCACGUUGACAGUCCUGUAAAUACAAAGGUACUGGCGAAGCUUUGGGGUGCCGUUGAACAUUCGUUCUUGCAUCAUCCGAAGACGGGCGUUCGGUAUUACAUAACACUUGAUUUGCGCGAGGCUCACGCGAAAAAAAAAGUAUUCCGCAACUUCAUAAUAUCCUGCUUCCAAGCCAGCGUAAUGUUGGCAUUUUCCAUUUACAAGCGGGAAAAGGACGUCACAGUAAUGGCGUUCACUGAGCAAGCCGACAUUCUGCACCCGGUGGAGUUUGGGGAAUCUAUGUCCUGGUUGGAUGCAGUCGCUCACUGCCAUGCGUUGGUGAUCCCGAAAACUAAGGUGUCUUUGGUUGCCCCAAUUGCCCGGGCCAAGGCGGACAAGGUGAAGGUAGACUUGUUCAUCACCAUCACGGAUUCGUUGAUUCGAGUCAAUCCAUUGCGCACCCCGCCGUACAAGGCCCUACAGGAUUAUCGUGAGAAAGUCAAGCUGAGCUUAAGCCGAUACGCAGCUAUUUCCCUCAGCAACCACGUACCUUCGUUUGACUUCACAUCGUCUCAGGAAACGACUGGCAUCCUGGAGAUGGUCGGCUACAAUGAAAACACUCCGAAGAUUAUUGAAGCGUUUGCGAAGAAUCUUUUCAUGUAGUAAGCUGUGGCGACAAGGUAGGCGAUAGUUUUUUUUUUCAUUUCUUCUACACAUUGGACAAGGUCUCAUGUGCAUUAUUAUUAAUAUGUUAUCAUUAGUAUAACCGACCAUAUACAUUGUCAGUUCUUAAAUACAUUGACCGACAAUUUGAAUUUCCGGUCAAUUUCUCCCUGUUGAUCCAUGUGUAUUAAUGUGAAUUGUAAUCAGA